AUGGUGCAGCCGCGCAUGCUCACAAAAGCGGACGAGACAUCAGCCAAUGAUGAGAAUGAAGUCCGUCGCGAGGAUCAGGAGAAGAUCAACCGGUUCAGUCGGUUGCAUCAGCGCGAGACCGUGCUCCAGGAGGAGUUGAAGGGGAAGCAGAAGGAUAAGGAGGAUUUAGAAGAGGUUUCGAUGGAGUUGGAGCUUGCUGAUGAAGAUGAGCUUGUGCCCUACAAAAUCGGCGACUCAUUCUUCCAACUACCGCUAUCAGACGCGCAGGGAAUGCUCUCAACAUCAACAGAGAAGAUAGACGCAGAUGUUUCCAAGCUGGAGGACUCGCUUGGUGAGCUGCGUGAGGAGAUGCAGCAGCUGAAGGUUGCACUCUAUGCGCGGUUUGGUCGGAGCAUUAACCUGGAGACUUGA